AUGUCGACUGUACGGUUUGCAUUUAGACGGUUUUGGCAAAGUGAGACAGGUCCAAGGACUGUCCAUUUCUGGGCUCCUACUUUGAAAUGGGGGCUGGUCGUUGCAGGGCUCUCCGAUGCAAGGAGGCCCGUGGAGAAAGUCUCUGGUGCUCAAAAUCUGUCGUUAUUGGCUACUGCUGCAAUUUGGACUCGUUGGUCGUUUGUGAUUACUCCAAAGAAUAACUUAUUGGCCGCCGUCAAUGCCUUCUUGGCUAUGACUGCAGGUUUCCAUUUGUUACGUAUUGCAGACUUUAGAAUACGGUCUGGUGAUACUAUGGGAGAAAUGUGUAAGUAUAUUGUUAAUGGUACCGCAGAUAAAACAAUAACAAAAACAAAUUAA